CAGAGGGAGGGGGGGGGAGAAGCUCCCUCACAUCGCCUCCAGCCUCCCCCCGAAACGCCCGCUCAGCUCCUCCGCGCCUCCCUUCGUCCGGCUCCCGGACUGCGGCUCUUCUUCUCGCCUCCCUUUUCCUCCUUUUCUCUCCCCAGGUGACGUCUGGCAGCGGCCCGGUUCUUCGGCGUCAGCGGGGGGGGGGGGGAGGAAAGCAAAGAGAGGAGCCCGCGAAUCAAGACACCUUCCCCCCGCAGAGCCACCAUGGAGGAAGACGACCACGUUCCUGAGGACUUGUCCCCGGAGGAGAGGGACGAGCUUUCAAACAUCCGACGCAGGAAGAGAGAGCUGCUCGAUGACAUCGAGAAGCUGAAGUUCGAGAUAGCGGAGGUCAUGACGGAGAUCGAGCAGCUGACGUGUGUCGGAGAAACUAAAUCCUCCCAGAGAAACAAGCAGAUCGCCAUGGGCAGGAAGAAGUUCAACAUGGACCCAAAGAAGGGAAUCCAGUUCCUGCUGGAGAACGACCUCCUCCAACACACGCCCGAGGACAUCGCUCAGUUCCUCUACAAAGGCGAGGGCCUCAACAAGACCGUCAUCGGAGACUACUUGGGCGAGCGGGACGACUUCAACAUCAAGGUGCUGCAGGCUUUCGUGGAGCUGCAUGAGUUUGCGGACCUCAACCUCGUCCAAGCGCUCCGCCAGUUCCUGUGGAGUUUCCGUUUGCCCGGCGAAGCCCAGAAGAUCGACCGCAUGAUGGAAGCGUUCGCCUCGCGCUACUGCCAGUGCAACGCCGGAGUCUUCCAGUCCACAGAUACCUGCUACGUGCUGUCAUUUGCCAUCAUUAUGCUGAACACCAGCCUCCAUAACCCCAACGUCAGGGACAAGCCCCCCGUGGAACGCUUCAUCUCCAUGAACAGGGGCAUCAACGAAGGGGGAGAUCUUCCAGAGGAGCUCCUCAGGAACCUCUACGACAGCAUCAAAAACGAACCCUUCAAAAUCCCAGAAGAUGACGGCAACGAUCUGACGCACACGUUCUUCAACCCCGACAGAGAAGGCUGGCUGCUGAAGCUCGGCGGCCGCGUGAAGACGUGGAAGAGACGCUGGUUCAUCCUGACCGACAACUGCCUCUAUUACUUUGAAUACACAACGGACAAAGAGCCUCGGGGGAUUAUUCCUCUGGAGAACCUCAGCAUCAGAGAGGUGGACGAGCCCCGGAAACCCAACUGCUUCGAGCUCUUCAACCCCGGCCACAAAGGUCAGGUGAUCAAGGCCUGCAAGACGGAGGCGGACGGGCGAGUUGUCGAGGGCAACCACGUGGUGUACAGGAUAUCGGCCCCCACGCCGGAGGAGAAGGAGGAGUGGAUCAAAUCCAUCAAAGCGAGCAUCAGCAGGGACCCUUUCUACGACAUGCUGGCCACCAGGAAGCGGAGGAUAGCCAGUAAGAAAUGAUCGCCAGCGGCAACAACAACAACAACGAGCCUCUAACAGCCUCUAACAUGGGGGGGGGGACUCUGCUUUGUGUGGCUGCGACGACAUCGCCCCCUGCUGGACAAACAAGGGAGUAGAUCAGUCCUCAUGUCCUGUCUCCAAGGGGACGGUCAGCGUUUUGGCUUCAGCGGCAACGCCCUUCUGCCGUUUUGUACUCGUAUAAUCAGCUGGUCUGAUUGUGGCGAAGGCGCCGUAUUUGUUAAUAGUUCACAAACAUCGAGUGAAGCACCGUUUAUUCAUUCAGUAAAAAGGUCAUUUUAUGUAUUGAAAAUCCACCUUCGUGUUGAAGUUUUCUUUUUUUGAAUUUAUUUUCUUAAUUUGUUUAACAAAAGAGAAAGCCCCCGGUUUACAUUAUGCAUGUAUAGAAUAUAUUGUACAUACGUUUGUUCCAUGUCUUUCUUGUGUUUACGUAGCAUGUAAAUCAUAGUAGCCGUAUACCCGUUCACAUUUUUAGUUUAACACCUUUACAAUAGUGGAAGAAGGACUUUGUGCAGCUUCUUGUGCAGAGCAGUGAACUCAAGAUGCUUUAGAAAAGGAAAAGUCACGAUGCUUAGUUGGACUAGAGAGUAUAGAACAUGAACCGGAUCGACAGACUGGACGCAGGACACUUUUAAGGAGUCCGGUCUGGGGAGCGCUGACUGGAAUGUGAGGAAUCCCCCAAACGGAGACCAAGGACGAGGCAGCCGACGCCAUCGUCACAUCUAAACGCGGCUCCGGAAUCCUCGGAUGAAACUCUGAAUAAAAUGACACGCUGAUGAGAAA